CCGGGGAGCGCUCGGAGCCGGGCUCAUGGGGACACUCACGCCGCCCGCCCGCCUCUGCUGCGGGAGAAGGAAGGACUUCACCCUGUCGACGGGGAAGGAUGCCCCCGCGGGGCAGAGCGACGAGAACUCGGAGCGCGGAAACUGGUCCAGCAAGACGGACUAUCUGCUGUCCAUGGUGGGCUACGCCGUGGGGCUGGGCAACGUCUGGCGCUUCCCCUACCUCACCUACCAGAACGGAGGCGGUGCCUUUCUAAUACCCUACACAAUUAUGCUGGCAUUAGCUGGUUUACCUUUAUUUUUUUUGGAAUGUUCCUUGGGGCAGUUUGCCAGUUUGGGGCCAGUUUCUGUGUGGAGAAUAUUACCAAUAUUACAAGGAGUGGGAAUCACGAUGGUCAUCAUCACCUUCUUGGUGACGGUCUAUUACAAUGUUAUCAUUGCCUAUGCCCUCUACUAUCUGUUUGCCUCCUUUCAAAGUGUACUGCCAUGGUCGGACUGCUUUGUGUGGGCAGAUGAAAAUUGCAGCAAAACACCUGUAGUGAGUGAUUGCAAUACGACCUUACCAAACGGGGUGAUCGUUCACACAAACUACUCGUACGUCACCAGCAACAAUCUAACCUGUCUCAACGGCAGCUUAACGUAUAAACAAGUGCAGCUUCCCAGUGAGCAGUACUGGAAUAAAGUGGUCCUUCGGCGCUCCAGCGGGCUGGACGAGACAGGUGAAAUUGUCUGGUACUUGGCCCUCUGCCUGCUCCUAUCCUGGCUGAUAGUCGGAGCUGCAUUAUUUAAAGGGAUAAAAUCUUCAGGAAAGGUUGUUUACUUCACAGCUCUCUUUCCAUAUGUUGUCCUCGUUAUCCUGCUUGUCCGAGGUGCCACCCUGGAAGGUGCUCGGGAUGGCAUUGAGUAUUACAUUGGAACACAGUCCAAUUUCACAAAGCUGGUGGAGGCAGAGGUUUGGAAAGAUGCAGCUACUCAGAUAUUCUUCUCCCUGUCGGUGGCCUGGGGGGGCCUGGUCGCUCUCUCCUCUUACAAUAAGUUCCAUAACAAUUGCUAUUCUGAUGCCAUUGUUGUUUGUUCAGUAAACUGCCUCACCAGCGUGUUUGCGGGAUUUGCGAUAUUCUCUGUUUUGGGUCAUAUGGCUUUCCUGGCAGACAGACCCGUCUCUGAAGUUGUAGACUCAGGGUUUGAUUUGGCAUUUGUUGUCUAUCCAUCAGCUCUCUCCAAACUACCAGUUGCCCCUCUUUGGUCCUUUUUAUUUUUCUUCAUGCUUUUACUGUUGGGGCUUGACUCUCAGUUUGCUUCCAUAGAAACAGUGACAACCACCAUACAAGAUGUAUACCCCAAAGUGAUGAAAAAGAUGAGGGUUCCUGUAACUCUGGGAUUAUGCAUGCUGCUGUUUUUUCUUGGUCUCAUCUGCGUCACUCAGGCAGGAAUUUACUGGGUGAACCUAGUGGAUCAUUUCUGUGCUGGAUGGGGGAUCCUUUUUGCAGCGGUCCUGGAAAUAAUAGGCAUUAGCUGGAUUUAUGGAGGAAACCGAUUUAUCCAAGACACUGAAAUGAUGAUUGGCAAGAAGAGCUGGUGGUUCUGGCUGUGGUGGAGAGCAUGCUGGUUCUUCAUUACCCCUGUUCUCUUGUGUGUGAUUUUAUGCUGGUCUUUGGUCACAUUUUCGCCUCCCAAGUACGGCUCAGUCGAAUACCCUGCUUGGGGAUCGGCCGUGGGCUGGUGCAUGAUUGUCUUCUGCAUCAUCUGGAUUCCCAUUGUUGCGAUUGUAAAAAUAGUGAAAGCUCAAGGAAACCUGUGGCAGCGUAUUGUGAGCUGCUGCCGGCCGUCUGCUAACUGGGGUCCCUCUCUGGAAUGUCACCGAGGAGAAAGGUACAGCCACAUGGUAGAUCCCCACAAAGAAAGAGACCAGGAGAUCCCCACCGUGGAUGGCUUCGUGCACAAGCUGGAAUGAGACGCCUGCCCCAGGCUGCAUUAUUUUUAACACAAAUGUGUUUUCUUUUUGUUUAAUGUUGGAAAAUAGUGAUCCGAACUAUUGAAAGCUGUACUAUUUAUUGUUAGCUCUGCCUUAUGGGGGGAGCAGGUCAUGGAGUUGGAGGGAAAGCCCAAGCCCAUGGGCUGGGAGGGCAGGAAAAAUACACUCCAGCAUCUCAGAGCAUAGGGACUGGGAGCAGUCUGUAGGGGCCCCUGGCCUGCAGAUGCUGCUAUGGGGGGAUGUUUCUGGUGCUCUCCCUGCACAGGGCUUGAGACAUGGGUUCUGUGCUGGGCACGUGCCAACAAGCCGCGAUCCUGACGCAUCAGCCCACGUGCUCUGUUUUCAGGAGCUGGUGCACAGCUCAGGCUGACGGCACGCGGAGGGGCGGAUGGGUUCCUGCUCUCCGCUCAGGGAAAGUGAAUAGUUGCUGCUGUCUGGGCCUGCUCAGGUUUCUCAGGGCUUGGUGCUGAGGCAAAGAUGUGUGUCUGUGUUGUCUGUAUCUCUCAAAUUGAGGGGUGACAAGCUGCCUGGCUUAUGAGGCUAGAAUGUGGCAAGGCAAGUUCCCAUCGAUUUAUCAUUGUUUCCACUGGAAUUCCUCAGGGGUCACCUUUUGGUAUGGUGUAAAUACAGUCAGCAUCCACUUGUCUGGUCCUCCCAACCCCAGCUUCGUUCGUGCUGAACUCAGGGUUGUCCAAAGGGGCGGGGGGCAAGUAGGGCAAUUUGCCCAGGCCCCGCAGGAGACCCACGAAAUAUAGUAUUCUUUAGUAUUGCAACCUUUUUUUAUGGAAGAUGUCCCCGAAAUUGCUUUGCCCCAGGCCCCCUGAAUCCUCUGAGCGGCCCUGGCUGAACUGUAGUAGAAACUUUCACCCUGCAGCUUUUGGUCCGUCUGUUCUUCCUGCACCGUGCACGGCUUUAUCCAUUCUUCCCUUCUCUGGAGCCCACACUCACGGCAAAGUACCCCCGGGCAGAGGCACCACACCAGGCCUGCAUGCUACUUCAGCCUUCAAAAUAGGGCAUAGGUGGGACUUCAGUGUUGCCCAGACCUUGUGCUGGUGAUCUGCAACAGAGAGCAGAAUUUCACUCUGAGUGCAGGGUAUAAUUGCCAUUCAGCAUUUGCAAUAUCACCAGCUCAACCACUCCAAAAUCGUGAAUGGAGACCCCCAAAAUCAUGAGAUUGGCUUAAAAACCAUGAGUGCUAGGUUCUUUUAUUUGUCUUCUGUUGUUUGUGGCUUUAGGGUUCACAGUUUUCAGCUCUUCUUGGCAAUAAUGGGACUAGAAAGUUACUUUGCUUUUUAAAUGAAGCUGAGAUUUGCACAUAAUCACAUGACUCCAGGAGCUGUGUCUUUAAAAACAAACACCAAAUUUUGUGAGAUUUGGAAACAUUGAAUUUGUUCAUUUCCUGCCAAAUAUGGAAUGGGUGGUCUGACUAAGGGGUGCUGACUGUGCCAGACCGUGGUCUGGAAAUCCCAGCCCCACGCAGAAAUCAUAUUAAAUGAGCAAUUAAAACGUGUGCCUGUAGAAUAGAGGAUUUCUAUUUGCAUUAUUAAAAAGCUGGGUGGGAUUUUUUUUCUCUUGUGUUAAUUGUGGUUUUUUUUGAAACCACAUGGCAGGGUUAUCAAGUGCCAGUUCUGCUCAGCAUAUCUUACUACUUCUGGCAUGGAGGGGGCCGGAUAACUGAGUGCUGGAUGUAUUGUAUACACAGACCUACAUUUAUCACUGGCAUUUUUAUGAUAAAUUAACUAUCGUGUUACUGUU